UGAAAAUAUGAUCACCACAGAACAUGAAGAACAGAAACAUACUGGUCUUUAUUAUUGACAAUAGCAUAUGUCUUAUCUAAACAAACAUUGAGAAAACAAGCCCUUGUGAAUCGCAUUUCAUUUUUAUUUUCUAGUCCCACACUCAAUUAGUUUCCAGGCUGUAAAGACAAAACCAUGUGAAACUCUGAUCUAGUUUGUCCACUUCUUCAAGACCACAAGUUUCAGAGAAGUUCAAAGUUAUUCAUUGAUCUUUCUAUAUAUACACAUAACAUUACCGAUUCUUUCCAUAUCAUCAACCAACACACAAGCAUUAUUCCAGUAACUUGAAUCUUUUUCAUACAUCUUCAAAGGCUUCAAAAGGAUUCAGACUUUCAUAAAAAAAGAGAAACAAGAAAUGGCUUUCGUAAGAAAUCUAUUGGGUGCCAAGAAGAUUCUUGGAGCCACAACAAGCAAAAGGGCGACCUCAUCGGCACCAAAAGGGUUUCUUGCGGUGUAUGUAGGAGAGAGCCAGAAGAAGAGAUUUGUGGUGCCAAUCUCAUACUUGAGCCAACCUUCGUUUCAAGCUCUUCUGAGCAAAUCUGAAGAAGAAUUUGGGUUCGCUCAUCCAAUGGGUGGCUUAACAAUCCCUUGUCCUGAAGAUACUUUCAUCAACGUGACUUCUCGGCUUCAGUGAUGAUUAUUCUUCGAGUUAGAGAUAGAUUUUGUUCCUUGUAGAUAGAGGAUAGCAAUUUUAUGCUAUGUACACAACAUACAACAUGAUUCAUGUUAAUAUAAAUUUAAUUUUAUAAUGAAUUUAAAAGAACUUCUACAUCAAAAGUAUAAA